AUGAAAGACGAAUAUGCACGUGUGGAGACUGUUACCACCUCUCCUACAGGUCGUGUAGUGAUUGUAGGUGAUAUUCAUGGUUGUUUAGCUCAACUGCAGGAAUUACUUCGUGUUGUGGGUUUUAAUAAAGAAAAGGAUCUCCUCAUCUCAGUUGGGGAUAUGGUGAAUAAAGGACCAGACUCCAUUGGUGUGUUAACACUCCUGCGAAGUCUCGGUGUACGUAGUGUAUUAGGUAAUCAUGAAGUGAAACUACUGAAACUGAGAAAAGCAUUACGUAAAGAAGGUGAAAUACCGAAAAAGUAUCGUGAUUCCACGUUAGCACCAUUAGCAAAAGAUCUUCCAUUAGAAAUGGAAACUUAUCUUUCUCAACUUCCACAUAUUUUACGUAUUCCAUCUCAUAAUCUUAUUAUUGUGCAUGCUGGUCUUCAUCCUCAACUUCCACUGGAACGUCAACGAGUAAAAGAUAUCACGACAAUGCGUAAUCUCAUUUCACAUGCGGAUGGAUCUCUGGAAGUCUCUGAGGAAACAAAUGCGGGAGUGCCGUGGGCUUCACUUUGGCGUGGACCGGAAGUGGUGGUGUUUGGACAUGAUGCCCGGCGAAAUGUGCAGCAGCUGCCGUUUGCAUUUGGACUCGAUAGUCGUUGUGUGUACGGUGGGAAACUCACCGCAUUAAUUUAUCCAGGCGGAUCCCUAGUGUCUGUGCCUGGAUGGACAGCAGGAAGUCCUAACAUGUGA